AUAGGGCUAACCAUGGUAUUUCCAGGCGCUGACGCAGUCCAAUCGUUCAAUGCACUGCCCGCAAAAACAAACAACUUGGUCGCCUUCAGGGCCGACGCCACAUGCAGGAAUACGUGUUUUCUUUCCCAGUAAUCACCCACACACAGCAAUUGGCGGCGCCAUCAUUGUCAAUAGCUCAAAAUUAAGCCUGCCACCCACCCCUCACCAUUGUACCGCUACUUCGAUCUGGAGAUGCCGUAAUGACUGCACACCUCACGCGAUGGAAAGUCCCCCGCAUUGGGCGGUCUGGCCCAGGCAGGCAGUCCACGAGGUUUAUCAUGAGGAAUUCCACAUUUCAGGACAAAUCAAGGGACACCAGGCCCCGUCAUCACGAUAUCCUUUUUGCUCUCGUUUUCUCCAAACCUCCUGCCACCUUAGCCGACGACCUUUGUCACCGUGACAUAUCUACCAGAAAGAUGGGCGAGCCUGAACAAAGCAUGAUUUUCAUCAUGGGCCUCUCGGGUUCCGGCAAGUCAAGAUUUGUAAACCUCUUGCGACAGAAUUCGGUGCGCGAGGGAGCAGGUCUGCAAUCAGAAACCCAGGAAUGUCAAAUCGUGCAGCUGCGACUGAAGGACAAGCUAGUGUCGGUUGUCGACACUCCAGGAUUUGGCGACUCCCGAAAGACCGACGCCGAAAUACUGUCAACCAUAUCCGACUUUCUCAUUCUUCAGCAUGCAGCUGGUUUCCGACUGAGCGGUAUCAUCUGGCUGCAUCCAAUUGAACAACAGAGAAUGCGCAGACCAGACCUCCAGGCCCUUACCAUGUUCCAUGAUCUCUGCGGCAAGGAUGCUCUCUCAGCCGUUACCCUACUCACCACUAGAUGGGAUCAUGUUAAAGAUGAGAGGACUGGUGCCAUGCGCGAGCGGGAGUUGCGGAGGAGUUUCUGGAAGGAUAUGAUCGACCACGGUGCCAACGCGCAACGCUUCAAUGGCUCCUCAGAGAUGGCGAAGUCAAUCGUGCGGCGCUUGCUACGCAAUAAACCGGUGAUAUUGCAAAUCCAAAAGGAUAGCAUGGAGUCAGGCAAGAGGCUACGUGAUACCGCUGCAGGGGCUAGAAUUAUGGAAGAUCUUGAGGUUGAUCUGAAGAGACAGGAGGAGAAGGUAAAGAAGGCCGAGCGGGAACUCAAAGCCGGGGCACAAUCUGGCGAUCAGGCGACCGAACAAGCCUUACGAACACGGUACGAAGCAGAAGCGAGGGAAAGGGAGCGGCUCAUCUCGAGCUGUCAACGAAUGAAUGCAAAUCUGGGCCAAGAGAUAAUGGAAAAGUGGGACAGGAUUCAAGAAGAUUUACCACAGGCCGGAGCCGGGUCUGACUCGGACUCAUGUCUCGAACAUGAGAAGCAAGUACCUAACAAGGGUACAGCUCCGAAAAUCGAAAACACUCGAAGGAACAGGUGGAAAGGGCGGGUUUCUGCCUUUGCGAAUGUUCUUGGCUUGACCCUGACUGCGGUGGUCCACAUUGUUCUUCCAUUGGCUGGUAUUGCCGUCGGCUGA